CAUCCUGCCCUGAGCGGCGGCGGGAGGCGGAUUUGUCAAGGCGCCUGGAAUGCUCGGACGUGGGAGCAGGAAGUGCAGCUGGGCGAGGGAAUGACAGGGCAAGCGUGGCGGGAGUGGACCAAGGGGCGAGUAGGUCCAGUGGCGGUGGUAUGAACAUGUGCCUCCCCGGGAGGUGGGACUGAUCCAGCGUUCCCUGGGGUCAGGGAGUGUUGUCCUGCUGACGGUGCCCUUCCAACUGAGGUAAAACGAAGGUCCUGCCCGUGUGUGUGUGUGUUAAAGACAGACAGUGGCAUAUUGCAAUGAUUUGGUUUUGACGACUGCAGAUGUGGCUGAAACCUAGCUCAGAUAAUCUUGUGCCUCCCUAAAACAUGUAUAUUGGUCAUGCAGGCUGCUUCAUGCAAGUAGACUUUUGUACAAGUGCAGAAUCCCAUGUGGGUGUGAAAGCUUGUUUGGAGCAGCUUGUAAGAUGAAGUGAAUAUUUAUGAGACUUUUCUUACCACACAAUUUUUUUUUCUUAUAAGAACCAGCAUCCCUUUUUAGAUCUUGUUGCCAUACAUUUUGAUUGACAUAGGCUUGUUCACAUCUCAGCAUGCUGGGCUUCUGCUAGGAGUUGAGCCUGUUCACCAGUCAGUACACUGUGCUGUCACUGCGGAUAAAAGCACCACUGUGCAGGAGCACAGAUGGCAUCAACAGGUUUGAUGAUCCUUUUCUGUUCAGUGUAUACUUGAAACACUGAAAUUUGGAAAAGGGAGGGAUAAGACUGGAACAGAAGGUUAAGGAAGGGAAGAGAUGGAAAGGUCACUUCCAUCUUGCUUCUGUUCAGCUAUGUCACUUGGAAUCUAGAAGGAGCAGAGAACAGGAAUGGUGGGGGAGGGCUAAUUAAAGAGAACAUAAAUAAGUCAGGCAGAUGACUUGAAAAGAACUGCUUACUAGCCAGUCUCUACUGCCUGAGUUCAUAUACAGCUUUGUCAAUCCCAAGAGAGGUUUUGUGCCUCCCCGAUGGAGUCCCACAUGCAAGUAAGAACUAUUGACUUAUCUGUGUGGUUUUUUGAAAUAUUAUUUAUUUUAUUAUUUCAAGGGCCUUGUUGCAGAACACAGAUGUUCAAUACCAUAACCUCAUGUUUCAUAGAUAAUUUACUACUAGAGCUGGGUGUUUAGGCAAAGCAGCAAAAACCUGUAUCUAACACACUUUAGUCGUCAUGGCAACAUCAUCUGAGGAAGUGUUACUGAUAGUAAAGAAAGUGCGUCAAAAGAAACAGGAUGGGGCUCUCUACCUUAUGGCUGAAAGGAUAGCCUGGGCACCUGAAGGCAAAGACCGAUUUACAGUCAGCCAUUUGUAUGCAGAUAUAAAAUGCCAGAAAAUCAGUCCUGAAGGAAAGGCUAAAAUUCAGUUACAGCUGGUACUGCAUGCAGGGGACACAACCAACUUCCACUUCUCCAAUGAAAGCACUGCAGUGAAAGAGCGAGAUGCAGUGAAGGACCUUCUUCAGCAGCUGUUACCCAAAUUCAAGAGGAAAGCAAAUAAAGAACUUGAGGAAAAGAACAGAAUGCUGCAAGAAGAUCCUGUUUUGUUUCAGCUUUAUAAAGACCUCGUUGUGAGCCAAGUAAUUAGUGCUGAAGAAUUCUGGGCCAACCGUUUAAGCAUGAAUACUGUGGAUAGUUCUACAGCGCCUAAUAAGCAGGAUGUGGGCAUCUCUGCAGCUUUUCUGGCUGAUGUUCGGCCUCAAACAGAUGGCUGCAAUGGUCUGAGGUAUAACUUAACUUCAGAUAUUAUUGAAUCCAUAUUCAGGACAUAUCCUGCAGUAAAAGUGAAAUAUGCAGAAAACGUUCCACAUAAUAUGACAGAAAAAGAAUUCUGGACACGGUUUUUCCAGUCUCACUACUUCCAUCGAGAUAGGCUGAAUACAGGUUCAAAAGACCUCUUCGCUGAAUGUGCCAAAAUGGAUGAAAAGGGGUUAAAAACAAUGGUGUCUCAAGGGGUGAAAAAUCCUCUUCUGGAUUUAACGGCCUUGGAGGAUAAAUCAUUAGAUGAGGGUUAUGGUGUUUCCUCUGUGCCGUCCACAUCAAACUCCUCAAAGUCCUUCAAGGAGAGUAGCAAUGCUGCCAUUAUAAAACGCUUUAAUCAUCACAGUGCCAUGGUCCUUGCAGCUGGGCUCAGAAAACAAGAAGCACAAAAUGAUCACUCCAGUGAGACCAGCAGUAUGGAUGGAAAUUCCAGGGAUUCAGAUUUCUUUCAGCCACCAAUAAAAAAGGUGAAGCUACAGGAGGCUAUUGAAUAUGAAGAUUUAGGAAAGAAUAAUAGCAUUAAAACUAUUGCACUAAAUCUAAAGAAAUCUGAUCGGUAUUAUCAUGGUCCAACUCCAAUUCAGUCACAGCAAUAUGCAACCAGUCAGGAUAUUAUUAGCUCUUUUCAUAGUAUUAGACAAGAAAUGGAUGCCUAUGUACCCAGAUUAACUCAGGUUCUUUCAAGUGGUGCUGCUACUAGCAUCAUCACAGCCCUGUCACCAGGAGGAGCACUUAUGCAGGGUGGGACACAGCAAGCCAUAAACCAGAUGGUGCCAAAUGAUGUUCAGUCUGAACUGAAACACAUGUAUGUGGCAGUUGGGGAGCUACUGCGACACUUCUGGUCCUGCUUUCCUGUUAAUACACCAUUCCUAGAAGAAAAAGUUGUGAAAAUGAAGAGUAACUUGGAAAGAUUUCAGGUUACAAAACUCUGUCCAUUCCAAGAAAAAAUUCGGAGACAGUAUUUAAGCACAAAUUUGAUAAAUCAUAUAGAAGAGAUGCUGCAGACGGCCUACAAUAAAUUCCACACAUGGCAGUCCCGACGUAUGCUCAAGAAAACGUGAAGAUUCAUGCUAUGAAGGUUGGAGAGGGAAAUCUGCAAUAGCAGUAGGAAUGCAACCUGGCAAAUGUGCAUAUCUUAUAUAUUGCAAAUACAUCUGCAAUAUGUGGAUUCCUGGAAAUGUUGCUAACUGACCAUGCACAUAUUUUUGGAAAGGACCUGUGAUUAAACUUGAAACUAGGGAGAAAUUGAGAGAGAACCAAAACAGAAGAGCUGAGAGGGGAAAAAAAAAAAAAAAAAAAAAUUAAGACGCUGUUUACUGCAGUUACUCAGGAACUGCUUUUGAUUUGCAUAAAGAGCUGCUUUUCAGAAAUAAACUUUAAAAAGGGUGUAUUAAUAAAUUC